UCCUGACCCAGCUCGAUCACUACUAUCAUCCAUUCAUUUUCCCAAAUUAUCCUCUUUAUUUAAAGACAAAUGCUGCCUCAAAUACUCAAAGUAGUACUUCAUCUACAGCUCAACAACAACCAAAUCAACUACCAAAUCAACAACAACAGCAACAACCUUCAUCUAAUUCAAUGAAUAAUAAUGGUAGUGUUGGUAAUAAUGGACCUAAUACUGGAGCACUUCCAUUGGAAGAAACUGGACAUGAUUCGGUUACUCAUCGAGCGUUGUUGAAGAAUGAAUUGUUGAAACAUUCAAUUAUUGAUGUUAGGAGUGAUUGCGACAGUACCGAUAGUGUCCAAAUUUUACAACGAAGUACACCUCAUUCUUUGUUCAAAUAUACACAUAAAGUGCCAAAUUCUGUUGGUGGUAGUUUGGCAAAUGCAGCAUCACCUUUAUUUUCAUCAAGUCCACUUUCUGCAGACAGUCAACGUUUAUUAAAAUCUCCAAGAAAACCACAACGAAAAGUUCCAAAAAAUCCAUAUAAAGUUUUGGAUGCUCCAGAACUUCAAGAUGACUUUUAUUUAAAUCUUGUUGAUUGGUCAAGUCAAAAUAUGUUAUCUGUUGGUUUAAAUACUUGUGUUUAUUUAUGGAGUGCUUGUAAUAGUCAAGUAAUUAAAUUAUGUGAUUUGGGCAAUGAAAAUAGUGAAUCUGUUACUUCUGUUCAAUGGUCUGAACGUGGAGAUUUAUUAGCUGUUGGAACUCAUAAAGGAAUUUUACAGAUUUGGGAUACUCGUACACAAAAACGCAUUCACAAUAUAAAAGUUCAUGAAAUGCGUAUUGGUUGUUUAGCUUGGAAUGAUAAUGUAAUAUGUUCUGGUUCACGCGAUCGUUGCAUCAUUUAUAGAGAUUUGCGUGAAAGUAAUAAUGUGACUGAAAAACGUUUAAAUGCCCAUAGACAAGAGGUUUGCGGUUUAAAAUGGUCCCCAAACAAAGAAUAUUUGGCUUCUGGUGGUAAUGACAAUCAAUUGCUUGUUUGGAGUCUUCGUCGUAAUGAACCAAUACAAACUUACACGGAACAUAAUGCUGCUGUUAAAGCUUUGGCUUGGUAA